GCGUCCCUAUGUCGUCUGCUGGCCCGUGGGGAGCAUGGCGGCGUCUUCCAGCGGGGAGAAGGAGAAGGAACGGCUCGCAGGAGGCUCGGGAGCGGCGGGUGGUAACAGCACGCGAGAGCGGCUGCUGUCUGCGCUUGAAGAUCUGGAGGUCCUAUCGAGGAAUGAAACCAGCUUUUUACGUAGACCAGAAGUUCUUGACUGUCUAUGUGUCGUCUAUGGAGUACCGAAAAAGGCAACAGCUGUUUACCAAGCAAAAGAGAAACUUAAGUCAAUAGAAAAAGCAAGAAAAGGGGACCCUCGGAGACCAUACCCAACUGAUUUAGAGAUGAGAAGUGGGUUAUUGGGUCAAAUGAACAAUCCUUCCACUAAUGGUGUGAACGGUCAUUUACCAGGGGAUGCACUCGCGGCGGGCAGACUGCCAGGUUCUCGUUUGCUAAAACAUCACACUUUUCCUCGAUAUAUUUGA